AAUAAUCCGAAGCCGUGGAAGCUGAGCAGAACAAUUGUUUGUAAACAAUGCACGAAAGGGCAUAAAUCGCGGUUCAUCACAUUUUUGUGAAAAAUAUUCGUGUAGCGAUACUUUACCUUGCGAUGUCGUUAUUCCCGGCCUACAACACUGAACCCCUUGUGGCUAAAAGUGAACCAACGGCAAGCGCACCUUCGGAACUAGCCUGGCUAACAAAUCAAAGCUUCAUUCGUUUUGGCACAAAGCAAACGAAUGAUGAAACGGAAUCGGAAAACUCCGCACCGAAAACGCCGGACGAUAAUCAGUCCGACAUUGCCGAUGAGGAAUGCCGGCCAGACACGGCAAAGGAUAGCAAACCUUCCAAGCGCCACCGAAGUAAACACAAAAAGAAACGCAAGAAAAAACACUCCAAGCGACGUCACGGCUCCUCCUCCUCCUCCUCGCCGGAAAGUGAGACAGAAAAGCAAAAAUGCACUGCUGUAGCAAUUCCGGCACCUUCUGCGGUCCGCGUUUCCGAAGUCGACUACUACACCGAUGUAGAUCCGCUCAAAAUUUACCUGACAGUGGAGAAGCUGCACCGUCCGGCCUGUCCCCGUUAUCGUUUGGUUACCCUCAACCCUCUAGGCGUUCGUUUCAAUGGCAAGGGUUCCGGUCGGGAACGAUACAAACGAUACUACAGGACGGUGAAAGCGAAAGAGCGAGAGGGCAAAGCUCAUACAGGUAAGGAGGCACAGGAGGAAAUAUUUGCCCGCGAGGCAGAGCUGGAACGGUCGAUCCGGGCGGAGGAAACGGUGGACAAGUGGAUCGAACUGGUGCGCUACCGCCAGGAUCAUCCGAUCCACUUCGACAGCUACCAGAACCACAAGCGGGAGCUUUCGCUGAUCGAACGAGCCCGUCGCCAGUUUCCGUACGAUGAGAAGCUUCUGCAGCUCUACCUGGAAGCGAUCGUGCAGGUCCACCCGACCGACGAGGUGCUGAACCUGAUACGACGCGCCAUCACGAAAGACGAAACGAACGUGACGCUCUGGCGUUCGCUAAUACGUAACAAGCAGUGCGCGAUGGCCCAGUGCAUCGUGCCGGAUGUGCUGAAGCUGUACGAGAAGAGUACCCGCUCCCUGUUUAUGGCCCGGCGGAGCGACGAAACGAUGCUGCAGCUGUUCCGGAACUGUGCCACCUUCUGUCGUCAGGCGGGCCUGUGUGAGCUAAUGUUCGGCAUGGUGCAGCACGCGCUGAGCAUGAACGUGAGUGGACGGUACGGGACGGACGGUACGUUUGCCUCGCCCGAACACUUCCAGCAGCUGAUCGAGUACGAGGAGUUGAUUUUAAAAUCGGGCCUCCCAAUGAACGAGAUAUGGUUGCGGGUGGAGCAACUGCGUACGGCUUUCCAUUACUUACCGUUCGAGGGUGGUCGACUGGCCAGCGAUCCCCAGCGAAUGGUGCUGACGGACGAUGUGGUCGGUUUCGUGUAUCCGCUCAUCAACAAGACGCGUGCGUUCGAGCUAACACUGACGGCGUUAAAGUUAAUGAAAUUCCCUUUCCGCCGACAGUACGACCGGGAGGUGGAAGCGUAUGAAAUGGACUACCCGGAACAGCUGCUACCCAUCUUUCUGGACGUGUUUCGGGACCGUACGCUGGACGGUUCGCUUUACGCUUUCAUCAAACAGCUCAGCGUAGCGCCAUCGUAUAUAAGGGCAAAUAUUGCGCACGAAUCGUACCUUGAGUUGGUGCGAAAAUCGCUUGCCCUAGCGAUUGAUCACUUCACCGGGACAGAAAGUGCCGUGUUGCUCACUCUCUAUCUACAGCUCGAACGCAUACUGGUCUGCGAGGGAAAAGCAUUGUCCGCGGGGAGGAAGUCGAUCCUCGAGGAAGCGCAAGCAAAAGCGGUCCGUGCCAGGGUAAAGCACUUGCUAAAGCACACCCACAGCACGAACCAGAACAGCCUGCCCGUGUACGCGGAAUAUGGAUUGCUCGAGUACGAAAUGACAGGGCUUAGUGUAGCGUGCAGGAAGAUUUUUUCCACCUCCGUGCAGGUAUUCUGUUCAUCCGAACAAGCCGCACCACCGUCCGGUGACGAUGAUACGCAAGAGGAUGAUAACGAUCUUUUCCAUCUUGUGCUGACUGUGGUGGAGCUGCUACUGCUGGAAGGACAGAAAGAUGAAGCCAUUCAGACACUGACAAAUCUAGCGCUUAAAAGACACGAGCUGACGUUCGAAACGACGGCCACCACGCCAACUGUACCAGAUACGACCAAGCUUUCCGCUUUGCAGAAAUUCAGCGAUCGUGUUAACCGUGCCGUCCGUGCUGAAUCCCAACCCGACACGGAGCUAAACCCUCGCACGGAGCACCAUUUUUUAGUCCAUCCCUUGAUAACGUCGAUCAAAGCGUACGUGACGUAUCUGGCACUCAUAAGAUCGAAUCUAUCGGAAGCGACCAAACAACUGGAAACGUUCCUUUACCUCUUCAACGAUCCCACGAACGCAAGGCAAAGGCUACUGCGUGAGCAGCUGUUCGAGAUCUACCUACAGCUGUUCGAAAUCGCACGACAUGGCAGAAAGCAGGCCCACCAGCCACCGCCAGCGGAAGGUUUGCGCAGCUUGCUUGAUCUCGUCGAUCGUACGCUGAACGAAUUCCCUGCCAAUCUGUACGCACUGCGGCUGGUGGUGUUUAACGACAAUCUUCCUUGGUUGCGGUUGCGCGGCGUACUGGGGAAACAUCUCACCCCGCAAGCCGUACUGCUGCUGGUCAUUGCUGCUCGGUAUCGCGAGGCGUGCACGGCUGAAACGCUGGACGACUUCAUUGCCACGGAAGCAUCGCCUUACAAGCAACGUAUCCUGAACCUGCUCGGCGGUGCGCUGAAAUCAACCAGCACGGACAGUGCGGCCGUACUGUAUCGCAAUGCACUGCUCUGGCGGCUGUACCUGCGGGAACUGUUCGAUCAACCGAACGCGCCACCCGGAUACAGUGUGCUGGAGCAGUGCCGGAGAACGCUGUACGUGGCACUGGAAGCGUGCCCGUGGAAUAAGGCGCUCUACCUCGAUGGGGCGUCCUGCGCACCGCAGGAACUGUCCCAGCUGCUUGAUUUGAUGAUGGAAAAGCAGCUCCGGGUGCACGCGAUCCCGGAAGAGUUGGCUAUACUGCGUGAAGGAUAACAAUAAAAUGGUUUUCGGUGAUGUAUAUCCUACUUA